AGUACAACAGAGUGUCAGUGAUAGUAGGGGACACCUCUGUGCUCCCCUGCCCUCCCAGUUCAAAUAUCACUUUGAUAACAUGGAAAAUUAGCCCCAAGGUUGGAGUAUCUUGCACCUUGGGGUACAGGACUGAUAGGAAGUGGACAAACAGAACAAACUGCCAUGACAGCAUCAACUGGAAAUCCACACCGGAUCAGGAUCCUGCCCUUGAGAUACGGCAAGUGGGAACAGCCCAUGAGGGAAACUACACCUGUGAAGUAGCAGCAACAGAGGGGAAUUUCCACGAGACCUACCACCUGACUGUGCUGGCCCCCCCCAGGCUGGUCCUGCACUGCGACGAGCACGGGAACCCCGUGUGCCAGGCGGUGGCAGGGAAGCCUCCCGCUGGCAUCUCGUGGGCCCCCGAGAGCAGCUCUGCCCCCCGGGAGGAAGGCCACGACAACGGGACGGUGACCGUGCUCAGCACCUUCACGGCCUGCAGCACCAACGUGACCAACGCCACCUGCCUCGUGUCCCACCCGACUGGCAACCAGAGCAAGCUCAUCACCUGCCACCCCACGGGCAACAACAGUUUUAUCCUGCAUGUCUCCAUUGCUCUUUGUUUCCUGAGCAUUAUCACCUUCAUGGCUGUCAUCUACUAUUUUAAGGUCCACAGUGACAGACUGUGCCACCAAACCAAGCCUCCUGAAACUGCUCCUACACAUGCCCCUCAGGAUGACACAAUGGAAGUGGAACCUUAUACUACUUAUGUGCAGAAGGAAAAUGCAAUUUACAACUCAGUGUCUGAUCUGACAGUGGGGCAGCAUCUUCCCCAAGGACUGCUGCCAGCAACAUGA